AUGGCUUUCAGUCCUUUCUGGGCCUGUGCAAUAGUCAGUUGUGUUUCUGCUUCUUUAGCAAAAGCAUCCAGUAUCUUGGAUGAGUAUCCCCCUCUGUGGAAAGAGAGCCCUGGUCAGUUUAGUGACUACAGAGUGGAAAACGGAAAGUACAUCAUUAACCCCUGGAAUUACCGUGAGAGAAUAGGGAUGUAUAAAAUCCUGUUGAAUAAUACAGCAAGAAACUUUGAAAAAUUUUCUCCAGAAAAUGAACAAAAUAUUUUAUGGGGAUUGCCUAUACAUCAUGGAUGGCAAUAUUAUACAGGCAGAUUAGCUGAUCCCACCCAAAGGACAGACUGUGGCCGUGACUCUGGGGAUCGUCUGUGCAUCUCCGUGGACAGUUGGUGGGCCAACCUUAAUUAUUACCUUUCGGCAAUGCCCUUCCUUGCUGCGGUUGAUUCUGGCAUAAUGGGGAUAUCAUCAGACAAUGUCAUCCUUUUGCCACCAUCCAAGGAUCUGAUGAAUUUUUGUUAUAACAUUUCUAGCUGUCAUUCAGCCUUUCCAGAAGCGAUGAAAAUGUGGAAUGAAUUUUACCAGCAUGUAAAAUUACCUUCUAGUAGCUUUGAUGACCUAUUGAAGUACUUAUGGGCUGCACAUGUCUCAUCCCUGAAGAUUGCUCGUAAAAAUUUUCGCAGUAGGUUAAAAUAUUAUUCUAAACAAGAAGCAGAUUUUCAAAGAAACUGGGCUUUAUUUGUGGAUUAUUUAGCUCCACCACUCUUUCCUACAACACUGAAUAGAGUAUAUGAAUUCCAGAAGGGCCUGCCAUCACGAAUACUUGUCAGAAAGGAUAGAGCUCACUUCAUCAAUGACUUUACUAACUUUCAGAACUUAGUCCUGCUUGCUCUAAAUGCUCUCCACAAAGUGCAUAAGUAUACAGGUGCAUCUUGCCAGCUGGAUUUCAGUCACUCCUCCUUCCUCUUACCUGCCACCCUGGGCGGUUACACCUCUGUUGCUACGUGGGGCAUCUGCUAG